GCUCGCUUCCGCCCGGAUCCGUCAUGGCGGCGCGGCGGCGCCGUGCGCAUGUGCGGGGCUUCAUGGCGAGACAAGGGGCCGAGCGCGCGCAGGGCGGCCCGGCGCGGCGAGGGCUGUGAAGGCCGGGAGGCUCCUCUGCGACUGCCCCGCUGAUGCCUGACGGAGCGGAGCGAUGAAGGGGCAGCAGAAAGCAGCCGAGACGGAAGAGGGAACGGUGCAAAUCCAGGAAGGUGCAGUGGCCACAGGUGAGGAUCCCACCAGUGUCGCCAUUGCCAGCAUCCAGUCCGCGGCCACCUUCCCCGACCCCAACAUCAAGUAUGUCUUUCGCACAGAGAACGGCGGGACGCAGGUGAUGUACAGGGUGAUCCAAGUGGCCGACGGACAGCUGGACGGACAGACGGAGGGCACCAGCGCCAUCAGCGGCUACCCCGCCGCCCAGUCCAUGACACAGGCCGUCAUCCAGGGCGCCUUCACCAGCGAGGAUGCGGUGGAGACGGAGGCCACGGCCACCGAGACUCACUACACCUACUUCCCCACCACGGCCGUGGCCGACACCAGCACCUCCGCCGGCGCGGGGACCACGGCCACCGCCGUCGUCACCACGCAGAACUCGGAGGCCCUCCUGGGGCAGCCCACCCCCACAGGGCAAUUCUUCGUGAUGAUGUCGCCUCAGGAGGUGCUGCAGGGUGGGGCGCAGAGAUCCAUUGCCCCCCGUGCCCACCCAUACUCCCCGAAGUCGGAGGCACCACGGGCCACCCGGGACGAGAAACGUCGGGCGCAGCACAACGAAGUGGAGCGCCGGCGCAGGGACAAGAUCAACAACUGGAUCGUGCAGCUCUCCAAGAUCAUCCCCGACUGCUCCAUGGAGAACACCAAGUCGGGGCAGAGCAAGGGAGGGAUCCUCUCCAAAGCCUGCGACUACAUCCAGGAGCUGCGGCAGAGCAACCAUCGGCUCUCCGAGGAGCUGCAGGGCCUCGACCAGCUCCAGAUGGACAACGAGGUCUUGCGGCAGCAGGUGGAAGAUCUGAAGAACAAGAACCUGAUCUUGCGGGCGCAGCUGCGCCAGCACGGCGUGGAGAUCGUCAUCAAGAACGACAGCCACUGACGGGGGGGACGGCAGGGACGGGGGGGGUGCUGGCGGGGGGGGGGGGCCUGCCCCCCCUCCCCUUACGCCUAAACCCCCCUGCUUCCCCCCCCCCCCCCCAGCAGCGAGCAUCUCCCUGGCGUGACACGAGGACCCUCCCGUUUGGUUUGUGUCGUCCCCCCCCCCCCCCAAAAUCUCCCCAACUCUCACAUGUGUGUGUGUGUCCCUCUUUUCUCCCCCCCCCCCCCCCCACGCUUCCCGCACACGCUGUUGGCCAGGCGGGCGCCGGCCCUGCUGCCCCCCCCGCCCCCCCCAGCACUGCCUCAGUUUCCCUGCCCCCCCGCCUGUGCCCGCGAUGACACACCCCCCCCCCCCCAACCCCAGCACCCCCUCCCCGGGAUUGGGGGGGGGCUGCGGCACCUUUCGCCCCUCCCGGGCUGCCCCUGGGGGUGCAGGGGGUCCUGGGGUGACUGUACCCACCCCCCCCACCCCCCCCCCAGUCCCUGCCCACUGCGGCUGGCCCGGCCCGGUGGGCCCAGACUUUUUUUUUUUAAAAACUCUCUGAAUUUAAAAAGCGAAAAUAAAUAAAAAUAGUGAUUUGUUUU